UUUGACAUGAAUUGGACUAAUACGAUUCGCGCACCGACGAAAUAAGAGCCGGAAUCAUGAGGAAAUAUCAGAUUUACGUGAUUUGUUUUGUUGUUUUGGCUUUUGCCGCUGCCACAGCUACAAGAGUUUGCAGCAACAGAAAUAUCUUGUGCUCUGUGGUUAGAUCAACUAGUUGUUCAAAGAAAAUCGUUUCCAGUCAUUGCCCAAGGCUUUGCAACACAUGUGGAGCAAAAUGUCGAAACAUAAAGGCGUCAAUGCGCGUUGAUUGUGGCUACCAUGGAAUUAGUCCGUUGGAUUGCUUGAGAAAGGGAUGUUGUUAUGGCGAAUUAAAGGUGGCUGGCCCGUGGUGUUAUCAUCGAAAAGCAAACUGUCCCAUGAUUGAAGCAAACAAACGUGAAGAUUGUGGUUACCCUGGGAUAAGCAAAUCAGAUUGCGUCAAAAAAGGAUGCUGUUACAACGCGAUCAAGGAAAAGGGACCGUGGUGUUAUUACAGGCAAGAAAAAUGCCGGAAAAUAGCAGCAACAAGACGUCAUGAUUGUGGUUAUCCAGGCAUAACGAAGCGGGCAUGCGAGAAGAAAGGCUGUUGUUAUAGUGAAUUGCUAAACCAAAGUGGACCGUGGUGCUACCACCGCCUAGAAAAAUGUCUGCGCAAAGCAACAGAACGUGACGACUGCGGCUAUCCUGGUAUAACAGAAUUCGAAUGCAUGAAAAGAGGUUGCUGCUAUAAUUCAUUGCCCGGUCGUGGGCCAUGGUGUUAUUACCGAUGAGAUACGAGGACCUUCGGAAGAUUAUAUGCGAACUUUAGUGUACUCAUUGUUGUAAAAAUAUGUUGUCAAAUAAAUACCUCUACUAUAUGAACUUUUCCUUC